AUGUAUUCAUCUCUCCAGUCUAUCUCUCUUUCUCUCUCUCUAUGUGUGCCAUACAAACACAUUACUUUUAUUCCAUUUAUAUCCCCACAACGUCAAGAUUUUAAUCCAAUUAUGUUAAUCAUUGCAUAACAUAAACAGCGGACUCUGGGUACUCCGUUCCAAGAAAGCAUGGCAAGAAUGGUGGAUGUCGGCUCUCAACCAGAUUUAUCUCUUGGUGAUGGGAAGCUGAGAGUUUCUGGGAACUGCAUUCUCAGUGAUGUUCAUGACAGUAUUUUCCUAACUCCAUCAGAAACCAAUCAGGGCACUUUCAUUGGUGUUAAGGCUGAUCAUCAGCGUAGGAGCCGCGUGGUUUUUCCAGUUGGAAAGCUCAAGGGGUUAAGAAUUUUAUGUCUUUAUCGGUUCAAGUUGUGGUGGAUGACCCAGUGUAUGGGGACAUGUGGGCAGGACAUACCCUGUGAGACUCAGUUUUUAAUGGUGGAAGUACCCGACAGUUGUCAAUUUGGUGAGGAAACGGAAGGUGGGGAAGGACUGUCAAAACCAGUGUAUUACACUGUGUUCUUGCCAAUUCUUGAAGGGGAUUUCAGGGCUGUACUCCAGGGAAAUGCACAUGAUGAGUUGCAGAUCUGCCUAGAAAGUGGGGAUCCUUCUGUGCAAGAAUUUGAAGGGAGACAUCUGGUUUAUGUGGCAGCAGGGGUGGACCCGUAUAAUGUGAUUGAAAAAUCAAUCAAGUCUUUGGAAACCCAUUUGAAGACAUUCCGCCAUCGAGAUAACAAAGAGAUGCCUGAUAUGUUGAACUGGUUUGGAUGGUGCACAUGGGAUGCUUUUUAUACUGAUGUUACAGCUGAGGGCGUUAAGAAAGGAAUAAACAGUCUGGAGAAAGGUGGAGCUAGACCAAAGUUUGUGAUCAUCGAUGAUGGAUGGCAAUCAGUUGCAAUGGAUCCUACUAGUAGUGAAGCCAAAUGCGAGGACUCAGCCAAUUUUGCAAAUCGAUUAACUAGUAUCAAAGAGAAUCACAAGUUCCAAAAAGACGGUGGAGUGGGUGGUACGACGGAUUCAGGAACGGGAUUUUGCCAAAUUGUUACUGAGAUCAAAGACCAAUUUUCUCUGAAGUAUGUCUAUAUCUGGCAUGCAAUAGUAGGAUACUGGGGUGGUGUUAAACCUGGUGUUGAUGAAAUGGAUCAGUAUGAUCCCAAGAUAGUAUCUGUCGUUCCAUCCCCUGGUGUUGAGUCCAAUGGCGUUUGUUUCGUCUUGAAGAGCAUUAUGGAAAACAGGGUUGGCCUUGUGAACCCCGAAAAAGUCCAUCUUUUCUACAAUAAUCUGCACUCAUACCUUGCUUCGGCUGGCAUUGAUGGGGUUAAAGUUGAUAAUCAAAGCAUACUUGAAACACUUGGGGCAGGCUUUGGUGGAAGAGUGAAACUGGCAAGAAAAUACCAUGAAGCACUGGAGACAUCGAUCUCUACAAACUUCAAAAACAAUGGAAUUAUUUCUUGCAUGAGUCACAGUACAGAUGCGUUAUACAGCGGAAAGAAAGCUGCCAUUAUUAGAGCAUCAGAUGAUUUCUUUCCAAGAGAUCCAGCAUCACACACAAUCCAUAUAGCAUCAGUUGCUUACAACACCAUUUUCCUAGGAGAAUUUAUGCAGCCUGAUUGGGAUAUGUUUCAUAGCUUGCAUCCUAUGGCUGAAUACCAUGGGGCUGCUCGUGCUGUUGGAGGCUGUCCGAUCUAUGUCAGCGACAAACCUGGAAACCAUGAUUUUGACGUUUUGAAGAAGCUUGUACUUCCUGAUGGCUCCACAUUGAGGGCCAAACUUCCUGGAAGACCAGCAAGAGAUUGCUUGUUUUCUGAUCCUACCAGAGAUGGGAAAAGUCUUCUGAAAAUAUGGAAUAUGAAUGAUUUCACUGGAGUUCUUGGAGUAUUCAAUUGUCAGGGAGCGUCAUGGUGUCAGGUUACUAUAAAGAAUCUGAUCCAUGAUGAACAACCUGAAACAAUCUCCGGCACUGUCCGAGCAACAGACGUUGAAUACCUGGGGAGCAUUGCUGAGAGUGGAUGCCCUGGAGAUUGCGUUAUGUAUUCCCAUAGAGGCGGCAAACUUAUCUAUGUUCCAGAGAAUACAUCUCUGCCGAUUCAACUGAAAGCUCGUGAAUACGAAGUGUUUACAGUGGUUCCAGUCAAGAAACUCUCCAAUGGGGCUGCAUUCGCUGCAAUAGGUCUCAUCAAUAUGUUCAACUCCGGCGGAGCAAUAAAAGAAAUAAACUACGAAAGAAACAUCAAUCUAAGUGUUCGUGGGCGUGGAAUAUUCGGUGCAUACUCAUCGGUCAGGCCUAAAAGGAUCAUAAUAGAAACAUUGGAAGAGGAGUUCGAUUACGAUGAGCGCUCCGGACUCGUCACUCUUACUCUACGAGUUCCAGCGGAGGACUUAUACCAAUGGAACAUAACAAUUGAAGUUUGAGCACUUGGUUAGUAUAAUUACUCAAGCAAUUCAAAAGAUUUGAUUUUUUUGGUAGGGGGAGCUUCAACAUGUUAAAAAAGUAAGAACAUUAGCUCCUACCUUUUCCCUUCUCCAAAGGGUAUCAAAAUUAUUACAAUGCUGCUGCUGCAAUGAGUGGUGUAGCUGUGUAGGAUCUAUAUGACGAUAAAGAAUUGUGAAAACUGAGACAUCUCUGUCCCACCCCACAUUUGCUUGUAUUAUUGUGGUUUCAACAUUAAUUUCUAAUCACAUUGGCAUCACGAAAGGACAUUGCAUCGCGCUUUAAACUAA